AUGUCCGGUCGUGGAAAGAGUGCCAAAGGUGCUGCAAAGCCAACCAAUGAUAUUAUCCCAGCCAAUCAUCCAGAGACAUAUACCACCAAAAAGGUGAUUGAACUUUUUUUAGAAUGUUUCAAGUAUAUCCUUGCGUCUGAGGAACUCCCUGAAAUGGUUCAAUUGGUGAAGGGCGAGUUGUUUAACCGAAACUACAUCGAGGCCUUUAAUUCAGAAGACAAAAGAUUGGCAUAUGUAGCGCGGUGGGUACCCGCACGAGCUUUGGCUUAUGCAUCUUUGUUCGCAUCACUUGAUGAGGUCCUACAGAUGUUUCGUGAUCCUGUUGAGGAGAGACGAGUACUCUGUGUUGGAGGCGGUGCGGCAUCAGAGGUGGUGGGUCUUGCAUCGUUAUUCAGUGGAAUUAAGCUGAAGGAUGGAAAUUCAAGUAGCUCCCUCCAUGUUGAUGUAGUGGAUAUUGCCGAUUGGACGAAUAUAGUGCACAAAGUAUCGCUGCAUGUUCAACAGAAAUGGCUUUACGAUGGCACAAGCUUCUCUUCAUCAUUUGUCUGUGGAGAUGUGCUUCAACUGAGCGCGGAAGAGUUGCAUUUGGCGGAGCAGAAUUUGGUGACGCUUUUGUUCACCACUAAUGAGUUGUUCUGCGAGAAAAGAAUGGAGACCGUUCGUUUCUUACAACUCUUGAGUAAGAACUGCCGCAAGGGCUCCUACUUGUUGAUCACUGAGAGCGCUGGUUCGUAUUCUCAUAUCACCGUGGGCCUGAAGCAGUUCCCGGUUCAAUUCUUGAUUGAUACGAUCUUAGUCGGCAAGCCAAGUGAAAAGAACGGACCCUGGGAAAUUGUGCAGCUGAGCGAGAGCUGCUGGUAUAGAGUGGAUGAUAGGGAGAUUGAUUAUCCCGUAAAACUAGAGAACAUGCGGUUCUUCUAUAGGUUGUAUAGGAAAAAGUAG